UGUCGAAAGGAUUCUGACUGCAUAGCAGAAAACUCUGGGUGUAUUGCAGACAUUUGCAGCUGUCUAAUUGACUUCAUUUUGAUCCAAGAUCAGUGUGUUUCAGCUCCACAGAAGGCAUCGUCGAAGGUCUAUCUUAUGGCAAUUGGAUGCCUUUUGUCCGUCCUAAUUUUUUCGUUGUCACUCUGCUUCCUCUACUGGAGACGGAAAGUGCACGAACGACGCGAAGAGAGAGACUUGGCUCUGUCGAGAGCGCUCCGUCAUACUGCGGAGUCAUGGGUCACAUUCUCACCUUCAAUCGCCGAUGACGUUGUAUACGGGCGCCUGACACCAGCCGCUGAUUCUGUGUGCUAUCUGCAAAUGUUUGACAAGCCUCCGUCGUACGAGACACUCUGCAAGGGCCACCUGAUGGUGAACGGCUCUCCGCUGCGGCUAGAAGCACAGGCAGAAGUGUCUUCGCCGCCACCGUAUCAAGAAGAGUCGUCGGCUCACAAAGGAUGUCUGCUUCAGCAGGGAUUUACCUCACGGCAUCUCAACAACUAAUU